AAAAGGAAAUACUGAGGUAAUAAAUAAAAGGAAGAAGAAAGGAAAAUUUAAAGAAAAUGUUAAGAAAGACAAUUAUUGUUGUUUGAAAGUGAUUGGUUUAAAUUGUGACUGUAUAUUAAAACGAAGUUUAAUCGAAAUUGUGAUUAAUUAAUGAAUCACAAAUACUAAAGUUAAAUAAAAAUUAAAUCAUCGUCAACUGUCCACUGCUGGACAUAGGCCACCCCUUAUUGGGAGUUUUGCCAGUAGUCGAUUUGGCGAGCGAGUUGGCCACAAAAAAAUAAGACCCCAAAAUAAAAAUCACCAUGAAUAUUAUUAAGAUUUUCAUUAUUAUAAAUAUGUAUGUAAACAAAUUAACUUAUUCUUUAACUAAACUAGUUAAUAAACAAAUGGUUAAGUAUAAAGUGUUAAGUGAUCACACAAUGGUGUCCAAUAGUGAUAUCUUUCCAUAUGUAGUUGCUAUAUUGAAGAAAUCAACGUACAUGAGUGCUGGUGCAUUGAUUGAUGAUAACUGGGUGUUGACUGCGGCGGAUUGUUUGUUUCUAAUUGGAGAAUCUUUAAGAAUUAUCAGAAUCAGAGUGGGAAGUAUAAAUUAUAAGAAAGGUGGACUUCUACUACCAAUCAAAUCAUUCAAUAUUCAUCCUUAUUUCGAUAACAGGAAGCCCGAAUUUAACAUAGCACUUAUAAUGCUGCCGGAAAGAGUGAGAUUUUCACAUAAUGUAAGUCCAAUAAGAGUUCAGAAGUACUACAGAGGCGUGACUGCAACGCAUUUUAUUAUAACUGCUUGGUCAGGAACCCUUGAGUCAAAAGAGUCGACAAUUGAAUCAAUGGAAACCAUAAAAAGGCGUCGUAUGCUCACAGUGUCCCACCUACACCCGUCCAGUACUAGUAGUUGUGCAAACCAACUGGCCACUUUUGGCAUAAACGAAACUGAGACGACAAUGUGUCUGGACCCAACUCCGGAUUCUAAUCCUUGUGCGAGAGAUAUUGGAGCCCCUGUAGUGUUGAAUGGCGUGCUUUGGGGUGUCAUCUCGUCCUGGAAACCUGAUGGAUGUGAUCUAAAGCCGGGAUCCAGCUUCGUGACGUUAGUAGGCGCUGCCAACGUUAGUUCCUGGAUCCACGCGACUAUACGCGGUCACAGAUGGAGUCAUUAUUACAAGGAUAAUUACACUGUAACGAAUACCAAUAACGUUGAUUAUGACAUUGACGAUGAAAAUAAUAUUUAAAUAGUUUAUAAAACGGCACCGUACAACCGCCAUAAUGUUUCGUCCCAAACACCUAGACGAGUGGCGGUCAUCCACUGUACGUUUUUUAAGGGCACUUUCUUCCACACACAUCCACUGUUUGGAAUCAACUUCCAGCGUCAGUAUUUCCAAACUGAUAAGACAUAAAGUUCAAGAAAAGAGAAUAUUCCUUUUAAAAAGGAAUAUUCUCACACACCUGCAAUGCCGUUGUGUUGUGGGUGAUCAUAGGCGGCGGUAGUCACUUACCAACAGGUGAGCCGCAUGCUCGUUUGCCCCCUGUGUUGUAAAAAAACGCUUGAUAUAAAACACCUAUCUUAUUUAAUUUAUUACGAUUAAAGAUUUUAAAUAAAUAUUCGUACAAUACUUCCUCCACUCCUGUCUUAUUUCCUCGCUUAUUUCUCGCUUCCUCUCUUCAUUUUUUCCUUCCUCUCAUUUCUUGUGGUCACAAAUGCAGUAAUAAUUACAAUAAUUAUUCCGUUACAAAAACAAAUGAUAUUAUUUAUUUACUUAUCUAAUAUUUACUUUAUUUUAGUAAAUAAAUAAUAAUC